AUGGAUGUUAAAGCAUGGUUGGCCUGUAUGCUGCUUCUGGAGCAAUGGAGCCAGGAGUUCCACUACAUUGGAGCAAUUUUUGUCUCUCAAAAAGGAGGCUUUUCCUUAAGUGGGGUUCCCCGACCAUCGAAUAACAUCAGGGCAUUGGAGCAGCCCAAUCCUGACAUACAUCUUACUUGGAGUAAGCUGCAGACUCAAGCAAGGCCUUACAGCCUCUCCCUCUCUCCUGAGGACUACCACUACUCUGUGCCCAAGCCAAAGCACUUGCGUACUUCCAAGCUGAUGAAACUUCUGGGAUCUUCCUAUGAACCUUUCUGGAUGUCUCCUGAGGACCCCCGAGGUUGGAACCCAAGCACUAAAGAACUGAGCACACAGAACCGAGAGCUGACUAAACAUACAGCCCGAUUUAAGAAGAAACUCCUGCAGGAGACAAGCAGAUUAGAGCUUCCCAAGUUGCUGCCAUUGCUGCCUUUUGAGGAUGGGAUCGCUCGUAAUUUGAGCCAGUCCUUCAUUUAUCAUCUACGUCGAUGGCUAGUGGAUAGUGCAACCUGUUCUUUAACUUCUUCCUGGGUAGACAUGGGAUCCGUCUUCUGGCCACGCUGGAUACGCCAUACAUACUGUGACCUGAUGCAAGCUGGAUGUGCUUGGCCUCCAGGCAUGACUUGCCAGCCAGCCCAAAUUACCAACAUCAAACUCCUGGCAUGGCAUUGUUGGAUAAAUGGAACCCAGUCUCUGAAUUCUAGAAAAUCUCGUAAGGAAUGUGUUUGGAGACAAAUUCCUUAUCCUGUUGUAACUGCAUGUAAAUGUGCCUGCUCGUGA